UGGUGGCAGAGUUGUUCAUAAUGUCGGGCAGAAAGCCCCGGUCUGUCGCAAACCCCCUGGAGUCUGCGAUCACCACACCGAGUGAGAGGAUACUGAAAGAAUGCCACACUUUAUAUGUCGACAGCGAAAACGGCCUGGUGAAGAUCGCCAGCAGCCUGGGAGUCCGGCUCCUGCCUCCCAGAAAGAAGAUUGUUGUGAUGAUAAUGGGGAAUCACUCUGCAGGGAAGAGCUCCUUCAUUAACUGGUACGCUGAGGAGCACAUACAGAAAACAGGCGUGGCCAUUGAAACGCAGGGGUUUACGUUCAUCACAAGUGGCCGCAAAAGAGAAUCGCUGACGGGAAACGCAACCCUACAUCUCUACCCUCACUUUCGACCACUCCUUGAGUUCAAAGGUGUUACAGACUACCUGUCUGCUGAGAUCUCCACCUCAAAGCAGAAGAAGUUCAGUUUGGUGACAUUUGUGGACACGCCUGGUUUGGUGGACGGAGACAUGGUCUACCCUUUUAAUGUCAACAGCGCCAUCACCUGGUUGGGAGAACAGGCUGACUUGAUAUUUGUAUUUUUCGACCCGAUGGGCCAGGCGCUCUGCAAACGCACACUCAACAUCGUGGAGAGCCUGAGUGAGAAAUGCGGAGACAAACUGUUGUUCUACCUCAGCAAGGCUGAUGAAGCUGGGAAGGAAACAGACAGACAGAGGGUGAUGAUGCAGAUAGUCCAGGAGCUGUGUCGCCGUCCUGGUCUCAACAAAUGUGGUUUUGAGAUGCCCACAAUAUACAUCCCCAACCCACAGAAGCCGAGCCGCUGUGUGAACCAGAUCGACGGGGUGUGUCAGACCAUCGAGAAGACCAUCAACCAGGCCGUUCAGAAGACCCUGAAUCAGUUGGAGAAAGAUUGUGACCUCAUUUGUUCCACCAUCAGCGGCAAACUAGAGCAAGACAGGGCAAAUGUGACUCACAACAAAAGCGUCCGUCUUCACUCCUUCUUGUGUGGCCUUCUGGGUGUUUUCCUUCCCGCCCUCUUCAUCCUCAGUUUCGUUGUGAACACUUUCUCCAAAGAACAGCUGGACGAGCUGGUGGGUGAAGGGGCGGCUCGGACCCUCUCCACCUUCACAGGAGUAGUGAUGUAUAUAUGGGAGUGCAUACCAGAAGACGGACAAGUUGUGUUUGUCAUCAUUUUUGGAGCUUUCUGCUACCUCCUGCUUUUCCUAGCAAAGUAUUUUGCAGGUCGAGGAGACAAGACUCUGACGAAGAAGGAGAAGAAGACGAUGACAGACUACAGUGAUUAUAUCCGGGAUAUCGUCAAAACUAAGAAGGGGAAACUGUAUGAAUGGUACCUCCAGCAGUGUGCAGCAGAAUAUGACCUCUGACCCCGGGUAAGCUGAAGACAGUUUACACACACGCGUCGAUGUGUUGCUACAGGGUUUUCGGGAGAAGUGGCUCAUCUGCCUCAGUGCAUCAUUUUGUGUCUGUAGUGGAAUUAGUGGGACUUAUGAUAAUCGACCAAAUGAUCAGGUUUUACUCUUCUCAGUCGGGCAGGUGUAACCUCUGAAUGCAGCAGAAUUCACUGCCAACAUUUAUCAUCUCAAGAGCUUCAAUUAAAGAUUAAGUGCCUUUAUUAGUCAGUGCAGGAUAAGCUUUGAUAAUGUGAAUGGUUUUUUUUCUUCUUCAGUUUUUAUAGUACAAAAAAGUUGAUGCCAGAAAGAAGUGUUUACAAACUGUUUUCUUAAAUUGUUCAGUAACUUGUAGCUGCUUUCUGCCAGCAAAAAGUGUUUUUAGGAGUUUCUCUGUAAAGCCAGUUCUCAUCUCAGAUGUCUCACCACCGUCCUGAAGUCUGCCAUGUUGUCUUAAGGUACCAAAAUGUUCUCCUCUUGUGUAUGACUGUUAACAACACUUCAAUAACCAAUGCUGUGAUAACACUUGGGCAUUAUGGUCGGCCCUUUCAUCAAACAUUUUCAUAUCAAUAAGACUGCAAGCUCUCUCCUGCCUCCAUAGUGUCUCUGUCCUGCUAUGAGAUGUUUGUUUUGUCCUGUGAUUUUAAUAGCAAGUGUUUUUUAUAUAUACCGGAUGUGAUAGAAUUUAAAGAAGCCACAGCCAUGACUAGGCUUGGGCAGUAUCUAGUUUUUCAUAUCAUCUGAAAUUCCAUUGGCAUUUAACGGUAUAUGUACCGUUGUUUCAGCAGGGAGAUGCGUUUUAGUGACAAGUUUGCUAUCUUCCACAAGCUCUUCAAGACAGUAAAUAUUGUUACGUCUAUUUCCGUUAAAAAACAGAAAAAUGCGCUUUCUGAUUUAAAGUUUCUCUCUUUCACUGAACUAAGAGUAGUUUAGUUGCAUUGUUUACUCAUAAAACAUGCUCCAUUCAUACUCAACAGAAACAAAAUAAAACUCUGUGGCUCUCUCUCAUUCUUUAGAUGCAAUUCGUUAAAUUUGCACACACAAAAAAAGACAGAAAUCACCCAAAAACAGCUUUGUCCAUGUUGGCUGUCCUUUGUUGCAGAACAAAAGAGAGUCACAGACACCCCUUUGUAGCUAGCGGCUGAUGAGAAAUGCUGCUGCAUUUUCCAUUCAAGUCAGUUCACAUGCACAAAUGAACAAAAUCCAUCUGUGGCAUAAUGUAGUCCCAACAGCUGGCUGACCUUUAUUAUCAGUGCUAAACCAAAAAUACUCCCUAACAGGGGCAGCAGAAUUUUACUUUUUUUUACUAGUCCUGUAAUGUUAACCCCACCACUCAUAGUCGUCAUCUUUCUCAGCUCAGCUUGUGGCGCGUGCUGUGCACUAUAACACAUCACCUGAACACAGCAUCUCCCUUAGUCUAAAACAGGGAUGUCUAAACUAUUCCACAAAGGGCCGUGCGGCUGCAGGUUUUUGUUCCAACCAAGCAGCAGCACACCAGACUUGACUCAGUUCAUCAACUGAUCUCAGUCUUCAGACAGUUGAUUGGUCAAACUGUGUGCUUUUGCUUGGUUGAAACAAAAACCUGCAGCCACACGGCCCUUUGUGGAAUAGUUUGGACAUCCCUGGUCUAAAAGAAAGAGCAGCUUCUGUAGCAUUGAAAGACAUUUCUAAAUAUCUACAGUACAGUAAUACCAUGAUAAUGCCCAAGCCUCUUCAAAACCUGUGCUUUAGGUGCUUUAUUACAACAAUAUAGUGAAACUGGUUGUGAAGUCGGUCACUGCACUGAUGUGUAUCUCCUUGAAUGUUUAAGAGCUCUGAACCCUAUUUGUUGUCUACAAAUCCAUCAAAUCUAGUUUCAUGGCUACAACAGCAUGUGGUCUUCACUCCAGUGAUUGUUGAUUUAUGUGUCAGUCUCAAAGGGCUUUUUACCCAAAUAAUAUAGAAAAACCUCUAUGGGCUGUUUGCAAUAUCGUUGUGAACGCUGUCAGUUUGUGUGGUGUGUGUUAGAUGCCUUCCAGGUGUCCUCCUCAUUAGGGAAAAUAUUUGUGGUAACACUUUCUCUGAUGUCUUUAAUGCAUUACAAUAUACUGUCAUUAUGAUGAAUACUAAUGAGUACAACCCAUUAUAAGUAUGAUUAUAUUGCUUUAUAAACAUGGGCGUCAUAGAAAGUGUUUCCAUCUUUGUUUUUAUUAUUUCAUAUUUGUGAAACGUGUGUGACUUUAUCUGUUCUCUGUAAUUUGUCCAACAUUUACUUUUGUUGUAUGAAAUCAAGGCUCAACUGAUGAGGAAAAUGUUUUUCUUAGUAAUCCCGACUCAAAGAAUGAAACUUGUCAAAAACAUGCAAACUAUGCGCUGUCACUUCCUUGAAAAUUAUUAAACCUUUUCUACUGACUUUUA